AUGGCUUCCAUGUUCGAGCAGAGCGGGAACGGCACCCUCUUCCUGGGCGGUCAAAAGAUCUCAGGGUCUGACAUUCUUCUGGCUACACAAGCUAUCGCAAAUGUCGUCAAGAGCUCCUUCGGCCCCAGCGGCCUCGACAAGAUGAUGGUCGACGACAUCGGCGACGUGACGGUCACCAACGACGGCGCUACUAUCCUCAGCCUUCUUGACGUUGAGCACCCUGCCGGCAAGAUCCUGGUGGACCUCGCACAACAGCAGGACUCGGAGGUCGGCGAUGGCACAACCUCAGUGGUCCUCAUCGCGGCGGAGCUUCUGCGCAGGGCAAACGAGCUGAUGAGGAACCGGAUACACCCUACGACGAUUAUCACGGGCUACCGUCUGGCCUUGCGCGAGGCUGUCAAGUACAUGAACGAGAACAUCAGCGUCAAAGUCGAGAACCUCGGACGCGAGUCACUCCUGAACAUUGCGAAGACCUCCAUGUCCUCCAAGGUCAUCGGCGCCGAUUCCGAAUUCUUCAGCAACAUGGUCGUCGACGCUAUGCAGGCGGUGAAGACAACAAACAACAGGAACGAGACAAAGUACCCUGUCAAGGCAGUGAACAUACUUAAGGCACACGGAAAGGGCGCUUUGGAGUCUGUACUGGUCAAGGGCUACGCCUUGAACUGCACCGUUGCCUCGCAGGCGAUGACGACUAAUGUAAGGGAUGCUAAAAUCGCUGUGUUGGACAUGAACCUCCAAAAGGAGCGCAUGAAGCUGGGUGUGCAGAUUACUGUGGACGACCCUCAACAGCUUGAGCAGAUCCGGGCGAGGGAGUCUGGGAUGAUCCUCGAGCGGGUGGAGUUGAUCCUGAAGGCUGGCGCAAACGUUAUUCUGACCACCAAGGGCAUCGAUGACCUCUGCCUGAAGAUGUUCAUUGAGAAGGGCGCCAUGGCUGUUCGGAGAUGCAAAAAGGAGGACCUGCGACGGAUAGCGAGGGCCACCGGUGCCACAAUGCUGAGCACCCUGUCUGACCUGAAUGGCGACGAGAAGUUCGAACCAUCCUACCUCGGCCAUGCGGAGGAAGUCUCGCAGGAGCGCAUUUCUGACGACGAAUGCAUCCUGGUCAAGGGCACCAAGGCUCACUCAUCCGCAUCGAUUAUCCUUCGCGGUUCGAACGACUUUCAACUGGAUGAGAUGGAGCGUUCAGUCCACGACUCCCUGAUGGCGGUAAAGCGCACGCUGGAAAGCGGCAGUAUCGUGCCAGGUGGUGGUGCGGUUGAGACUGCUCUUCACAUCUAUCUCGAGGAGUUUGCUGGAACAGUGGGAUCCCGGGAGCAGCUGGCCAUCGGAGAGUUCGCCCAGUCUCUCCUGGUCAUUCCCAAGACGCUCGCCGUCAACGCCGCCAAGGAUGCUUCAGAGUUGGUCGCCCAGCUGCGGUCGAGACACGCACUGUCGCAACGUACUGCGGACGGCGACGCCAACGAGGACGAGAAGACGGUCGCACGGAAGAAGAGCUACAAGAACUACGGCCUUGAUCUAUCGAAGGGCAAGGUGGUGGACGAGAUCAAGGCCGGUGUCCUGGAGCCCAGUAUGAGCAAGAUUCGACAGCUCAAGAGUGCGGUGGAGGCCUGCAUCAGCAUUAUGCGUAUCGAUACCCUGAUCAAGUUGGAUCCGGAGCAGAGGGGCGAGGAGGACGACGGGCACGGUCACUAA